AUGAUGCCAGUCAUUACACCCUAUACUCCUCCGACGCCUUUUCGUCCCCCGGGAGAAGCCGUACCCUCGGCCGACGAGCUCGAAGCUCUGCAAAGACAACUGGAAGAUUUGCGCCAACAAAGUCUGGACCGGGCGAGGAAAGCGGGCGAUGACUUGCGGACUAUCGACGAGGCUAUGCGCAAGCUGAAGGAGAAGGAGAAGGGCAAGGCGAAGGCAGCCGAAAAGGUGAAGAGGGAACGGGGAUUUUCACCCAUGUCUAUCGACUCAGAAACGCCACGGUCAAGCUUACCACUGGCCAAUGACCUCAAGUCGCGUCCAACUAUGCCUGUACCUGUCGCCAGCAAAGUGUCCCUUGACUCUCGCAAAACGAAAUCUCAUCACGACGUGAAGAACGUCAAGAAGAAGAAACGGAAACGAGAAGAUGACGAUGACGACGACGAUUCGGAUUCACCUCUCAAGAUGAUGAAACCUACGCCUCCGCCACCUCCAGCCGCUCAACCCGCUAUACCCAAGAUCAACAAACCGCCUAUUGGGUUCAUACCUCCUCCCGUUAACCCCAAGUCUGAGGGUCCCAACUUCGCCCUCCCCCCCGACAUCCCGCUUCUACCGCCUCGACCACAACCCCAACCACCACCCAUAGCCGGACCGAGCCACGUUACCGAAGUCAUGGAAGACUUCAGCAAAGCCAAACCGCCAAACCAAGUCGCUAUCCACACCUUCUACGCAAGCAUCGAGCCGUACACACGCCCUAUCCGCGAAGAGGAUAUCGGAUACCUCGAAUGGACAGGCGACGAAGUCGAGCCGUAUAUCAUGCCGAAACUGGGCGAUCAUUACACGGUGCAGUGGGAGCAGGAGGACAUCGACCUGUUUGGGCAUGUGCUGCCGACUACGCAGCAGAUGCUGCAGGCGGCUUCGUGGGGCCGUAAUCCGCCUGUACCGCCUAAACCGCGGUGGGAUCCCGCUACGCUUUCGGAUGAGAAUCUGAAUGACGAGGAGCUGGGUCAUGGACCGUUGACGGAGCGGCUCGUCAGCGCGUUGUUACCAAAUGACGAUGGGAAUUGGAAGAGCGUGAAGGCGGCGGAGGAGGCUAUGGGCGGACGGCAUGGUGUUGGUGUAGGAAAUGCGGGCACGAGACAGGUCAUCGUUGAAGACCUCGAGCGUCGAAUACGAGAUAGCCUGCGAUAUCACGGGAUCCUAGACGAGAAGCCCGAUUUCACGGACACUGUCGAUGACCCCAUCGCUACUGCUCUCCGUCAUGCGCAAGAAGAACUCCGCCAAGUCGCCGCGACCAAUAAAGCGCGGAGAGCCCGUCUCACAUCCAUCGCCCAAGACCGCCUCGCCUAUCAAGAAUACCUUGAACUCCGCGACACGCUCGACCAGAACAUCAUCACCCUCUACGGCAAACUGCAACGCAAAGACGCGCCCCGCAACCAGAAGAAGAAGUCGCACAAGAAAGGCGCAGCAGCGGCCGCCGCGGCCGAAGAGAAGCUCGCGAUCUCAGCUGCUACGUCCGGGAUGUGGCCCUCUGCGCUCGGCUUGGGGCCGGACGAUGACAACAAGCUUGUGGUGGCGAAGGAGCUGCAGGCGAUGAUGGACACGCGGCGGCAUUGGAUCGAGAGUGUCGGCUCGGUGUUCGAGGAGAAGGAGGCGGAGCAACCCGGGAGAAUAUACGGGUUGCCGGAGAAGAGCGUGUUUGAAGGAAUCGAGGAGGAGGUGCAAGCGUUGUUGGCGAGAAAGGAGGAGCCGGCGUAUGGUGGCGUUGUAGCCGGUGCGGGGAAGGGCAAGGCGAGGGCAGGGCCCAUGGACAUUGGCUAG